CUGGUUUCAGUUUACGCCUACAUAUAUUCCCAUCUCAAAAGUUCUUGGAAACAACAUAAACAAAAACAUAAACGCCAAUCGCAACUUUCAUGUUUUCUAUGGGGAAGAAGCGGUGUGGACUUGCGGUGGUGGCGCUUGUAUUCUUAGCCUUGGUUCAAGUCUCUGUUUCAGUACCGUUUAUAGUGCUUCAUGGAAUUGCAGCUUCUUGUUCUCAGGGUCAAGAAGCUAACUUCACACAGCUUCUUACCAACCUCUCUGGUUCUCCUGGAUAUUGCAUAGAAGUUGGAAAUGGAAAAUGCGAUUCAUGGUUCAUGCCACUUAUGAAACAAGCGGAAAUAGUGUGUGAGAAGGUGAAACAAAUGAAAGAGUUGCGUCAAGGAUACAACAUCGUUGGAAGAUCCCAGGGGAAUCUAGUGGCUAGAGGCUUGAUUGAGUUCUGCGAUGGUGGACCUCCGGUCUUCAACUAUAUAUCUUUAGCAGGUCCUCAUGCUGGAAUCUCCUCUGUUCCUAUGUGUGGUAAUGGAUCAUUCUGUGAAAUAGCAGAUAAGCUGAUCAAGUCAGAAAUCUAUAGCGACUUCAUUCAAGAUCAUCUUGCUCCUAGUGGUUAUCUCAAAAUCCCUACUGAAAUAAAAAGGUACCUGGAAAAGUCCAAAUAUCUACCUAAGCUAAACAAUGAGAUACCAAACCAGAGAAACUUCACUUACAAAGACCGUUUCACCAGCUUACACAACUUGGUUCUUGUCAAGUUUGAAGAUGAUAAGGUUAUUGUCCCACAAGAUUCAUCUUGGUUCGGGUUUUACCCGGAUGGUGCAUUCAAACCUCUUCUCUCAGCUCAACAGACACAGCUAUAUACAGAAGAUUGGAUUGGUCUGAAAACACUGGAUGAUGCUGGAAAAGUGAAGUUUGUUAGUGUAAAAGGCAAGCACAUCAUUAUGGCGAAUCUCGAUGUCGCCACAUACGUUGUACCUUAUCUCCAAAACCAGCCGUCUUCCUAUUCCCAACAAAAAAGAUUUAACCGCAAAACGAAGGAGACGUUGCGUCCUUAAAAGCUUAGUGACGAUUGUGUAGAACAAGAAUUCUUAUUCAAUACUUUAUAUAUACGUGCCUAAGAGAGACAACGCAUGUGAUUGAUCUUAUUUUAUAAAAAAAAAAAAUAGUCAACAGAUUUGUAUUAAUUUAAUUUGUCCAUAAGCAAUCAAACAAAUGAGCAUACCGUGCGAUUUGCGAAAACAAUCAGAGGGCAAAUGCACCAAGUACGCAAAUAGAAACCUAGAGAACACACACUAUUAUUGCGUUUCAAAGAAGUUUCAUUAUUUUUGAUAAAAGAAAAACUUUUCUAUUUUUUUUGUUUUAACUUCAGAAGAAGUAAUGGCUCAUGCUCAAAUCACAGCACAAACUGGAUCUUAUCCAAGAGAUGGUAUAUACGAGUAAAACAGAGCUCUAGUUCUGAACUUGAAGAAUCUGUUUUGUUGACAUCUUCUGGUAGUGAUGGAAAAUGCUCAAAAUGUUCAGAGACAUGCUUGCUGCAUCAUCACAAGUCCCUCAAGAAAUUGCUAAUGCCAAUGUUGGUAAAAGUCCCUUAAAGUCAUUCUUGGAACAGAUUUUCAAGUAAAGCGAGAUUGUCCAAAGAACAAAAGCUUCAAGAGAGGGGCGAGUUUUUUUUUUUUGCUAAAAAAAAAAAAAAACCUAAACGCAGGAUCAGAACCUACAAAACUAAACGCAUGGACAGUUUCGGAGAAUCAAGGCAGCAAAGAUCAGUUAUAUGAUUCACAAAUUAAGCAAAUAGUUUUUGAUUACCAGAAAACACUUGCUCCUAGGUUGCACGGGUACUCCAAGUUGGUGCCGUCUCACGUAUCGGGUUCGUCGGGGGGACGGGGACGUCUCGGGUACGCCUAGGAAACGUCCCCAAUAUGUGUGACGUGAACCCGGGACGUCAAGACUCACCGGGUACGGGAUUUGUUCAGAGAAAGAGACGUCUCGGAAACGUUUCUGCAGAAACUAGACAUAUCCAUUUGACUUUUUGUGUUAAGAAGUGUAAAAAAAUAAGUCAUAUAUGUUUUUAACUUUUAAUGUGUUUAUUCUAUUAAUUUUGAAAAGAUCAAAGUUGUAAUUAAAAAUAAUAAUAGCUCUUCGAUUCUUCCA